AUGUUAGGAAACCAGGAAGGCAUUGAAUCACAUCGCAGUUGGACUUACAGAAACGUCCUGGAAAGAUGGGAGAAGUGGUUGAAUCGCCUAGAAAACUUCAUUGUGGCGUCGAACGUCAAAGACAAGAAACAGCAAAAAGCAGUGCUACUGCACUUCGCGGGAGAGCAAGUUUUCGACAUUUACGAGGCGCUUGGUGGCACCGCCGAAGACGACUUUGAGAAGACAAAGAAACUCCUCACAGAUCACUUCAAGCCUAAGAAGAACAUAGUCUUCGAGCAACGUGUCUUUCGGCAAGCGGUACAACAGCAAGGAGAAACUAUCUCUGAGUACUUCGUUCGACUCAAGAAGCUAGCAUCAACCUGUGAGUUCGCGAACGAGGACCAAGCGUUGCUGGCGCAAAUGAUAGAAGGCAUCACGUCCACUAAGUUGAGAAGACAAGCGCUAAGAGACCCCAGUAUCACCCUAGAAAAAUUAAAAGAACUUGGGCAAGCACACGAGCAAGCAGAACUGCAAGCCGACAAGAUGGAAGGAACUCCAGAAAACACACAAAAAGUAAACGCGGUGAAAGGAAAGCACUACAAACUCAAAAAGAAACAACCCAGUGGCAACAAAAGUGGAAAAAAAUGUUGGGGAUGCGGAGGCACAUGGCCCCACAAGGAUGGAAAAACGUCUUGUCCAGCGUGGGAAGUAACAUGUACAAACUGUCAGAAAUUACAUCACUUCGCGAAACACUGCCGAAACAACACUGGAAAGGGGAAGCCAUCCGUGAAAACAAUAACGUCAAAAGAACAAGAAGACAGCUCCGAUGACAACUCGAUAUACAAUGUAAGGACAGCGAACAAAACCUUACCAAAGGUCAGAGUCAACAUUGGACCUGUGAGCACGCAAGCACUCAUUGACACUGGCUCGUCGGUGAACCUUGUGGACGCCGAGACCUUCCAAAAGAUCCAGUUAAAAAGCGACCUGGAACUUACUCCAACCAGCACACAGUACUUUGCCUAUGGGAGCCACGCCAAGUUGCCCAUCAUAGGAAAAUUCAAAACAGAGAUUCACGUUGGAGACAAGAGACAGCCGGCAGAAGUGGCAGUGGUGAACAAAGUGGCUGAAAACAUCAUUGGUUACGAGACUGCAGAUGCUUUAGGUAUCAUAAAAAUAACCUUCAACAUAAAUGCAGAGCAGACACUAGACCCACAAGAAGAAUUCCCUCAACUAUUUCAAGGGAUGGGAAAGCUCAAAGAUCUGCAAGUUCAUCUGCAUGUAGACCCCUCGGUUAUACCAGUUGCCCAACCACACACAAGGAUACCGCUUCACAUUAGAAAAGCUGUGGAGGAGAAACUGAAAGAACUAGAAGACGGUGACAUCAUCGAGAGAGUGUCUGGGCCAACACCUUGGAUGUCCCCCCUAGUAAUUGUGCCUAAGCCAGGGAAGGAGGAGAUAAGACUGUGCUUGGACAUGCGUGAACCAAACAAGGCCAUCAAACGUGAACGACAUGUAAUGCCCACAAUAGAUGACAUCAUCUGCACCGUGAGCGGAGCAAAGAUGUUCUCCAAACUUGACUUGAGAGAUGGGUAUCAUCAGCUGGAACUAGCAGAGGAUUCCCGACACAUAACCACAUUUUCUGCCCACUGUGGAAUAUACCGUUACAAGCGGUUAAAUUUUGGCAUAUCCUCUGCCGCUGAGGUUUUCCAAGAAGUGAUCCGGCAAGUCAUCAAUGGUGUAGAGGGAGUUAUAAACGCAAGUGACGAUAUUAUUGUGUCAGGAAAGACAAUAGAGGAACAUAAUCAACGACUCCAUCUAGUGCUCCAGCGACUGUCAAAAGCAGGACUAGUGCUAAAUGCCAAGAAAUGUGUGUUCAGAAGGACCUCCCUGAAAUUCUUUUUACUGCUCUUUACAUCAGAAGGCAUAAAACCAGAUCCAGAAAAGGUGAAAUCAAUAUGCAGACUUUCUCAGCCAAAGGAUGUGCGUGAGAUCCGAAGCUUCUUGGGAAUGGUAACAUACUGUGCCCGAUUCCUCCCAAGGUGCAUGGUAUCAGCUAGAAUGGAAAGAAUGCUGCUGAAGCUACAACAAUACACAUUCCAAGUGCGACACAUUGUAGGGUCAAGCAACCCUGCUGACUUCUUAUCACGAAACGUGGUGGAAGACAAGGAACUGAAAGAAACUGCAGUGGAGGAGUAUGUCAACCACAUAGCCCAGCAAGCAUGUCCAAAAGCUCUAACUCUGGAACUGAUAGAAGAAGCAACAAAGAACGAUGCAAUCCUGAGCAAACUGUCAGAAGUAUUACAGACCAAACCUUGCAGUAACAGCUCAUGGACACAAGAAAUAAGUCCAUUCAAGGCCAUCGCAAAUGAACUCUCAGUGACAGCGAAAGGAGCUAUACUCAGGAAAUCGACUGGUCAUCCCUGA